CGCUCGCAAGACAGGAAGUGGUCAGUGAGCGUGAAGCUAUCUAGAGUCUAGCUACUUAGAGUUAGCUAAGUAGCACUAACGGAGUUUAGAAAUACGUUAUUUACCGGACGUAUACACUAAUUUAUCAAAUAAAUUAUCGGCACGAUUUGCUCAACUUUUAACCAUUGAUCAGUGUCCGUUUCUGAUUGACGUGGGGGUCUAAGAUGAACCAGUUUGAACACCUGAAAGACGAGGAGAACGUAGAGCACGAGGAGCAGAACUGCGACACGGACGGUUCCGUUGUAAACAACAACCGACGCAAGCUGGUGAGUUCGGCUGCAGGUGAACAUCCUCUCCAGUAUAACUACACCUUCUGGUAUUCUCGUCGGACGCCCAGCCGUCCUGCCAACACCAACUAUGAGCAGAACAUUCGUCAGAUCGGAACCGUGGCCUCGGUGGAGCAGUUCUGGAAAUUCUACAGCCACCUGGUUCGUCCAGGAGACUUGACAGGCCACAGUGACUUCCACCUGUUCAAGGAGGGGAUCAAACCCAUGUGGGAGGACGAGGCUAAUAAGAGUGGGGGUAAGUGGAUCAUCCGUCUGCGUAAAGGCCUGGCCUCUCGCUUCUGGGAGAACAUCAUCCUGGCCAUGCUGGGGGAGCAGUUCAUGGUGGGGGAGGAGGUCUGUGGUGCUGUGGUGUCUAUACGUUUCCAGGAGGACAUCCUGUCUAUCUGGAACAAGACGGCCAGCGACCAGGUGACCACAUCCAGGAUCAGAGACACGCUGCGCAGAGUCCUCAACCUGCCGCCCAACACCAUCAUGGAGUACAAGACCCACAACGACAGCCUGAAGGAUAAUUCCAGUUUCCGCAACACUAAGAUUACACUGUGAGGAGGAAGAGAAGGAGGAAGAGAAGGAGGAAGAGAAGGAGGAAGAGAAGCAGGAAGAGAAGGAGGAAGAGGAGAUGAACAGAGAGAUGAAGACCCAACUGUCCUGCAGGAUCAUCACCCCAAAUGAAACAAACAUUCCUCCCUCUGUCUUCCCUCUAGCCAUCCAUCCCUACACCCCUCUCUCUCUCCUCCCUCUCUCCCUCCUUCCCCUCUCUCCUCCCUCCCUCCUCUUUCCCCCCCCCCCCCCGCUCCCUCCUCUCUCUCCCAUUCUCCCUCCUCUCUCUCUCCUCCCUACCUUGCUCGCUCGGUCACAGUCCCCCCCUUUCUGACCCUCCAGUUUGGACAUGCCAUUGCUAUGGGUACCGAUGGUUUCUAUGGAGAUCCUUUUUCACACAGAGAAUGUUUUGUUACCACGGAGAUGCCUCUCCUACUCCACAACAGAAUGUGGGACCAACAAUAGUGUGUGUGUGUGUGUGUGUGUGUGUGUGUGAUCAUUGUUGCCAUGUCAACACAGAAGUAAAAUGUUACUUUGGUAAA